CAAGAGCCGCUUGUAGUAUUGCCACGGCACAUUCAAGAACAGCAACAACAACAGCAACAACAGCAACAGCAACAACAAAUGCAACAGUUUUACAUGGAAGAAUUGUCGAACAAACUGUCAAAGUUACGAAUCGAUCCCCUCCUUCGUAUAAGCUCUGAAAAUCAGGGAUAUCAUAACGAUGUUUUCGUAAUGACCUAUUCGCAAGAAAAUGAGAACGACAAUAAUUACAACGAGUAUCAUCUGCCGCCAAUCUUCCCGUUUCGAUACGAAAGGCCGAUGUGCUCCCGUUCUCUUAGUAUUACUGAUGUCACUUACGAUUCUGGUAACAAUAACAGCAACAGCAGUAGCAGUAACAGCAACAAAAUGGAUAAUAACAACGCAGUUGUUUCUACUAACAAUUAUGAUGAAAACGAUUACGAUGAUGUGGAGGAUGAGAGUCCUAGAAAAGGAUUAUUGAAGCAGAUAUUUUGCCUUCCAUUAAAUUAAGAUCCUUAUACACACAUACACAUAAAAAUGGGGCGAGGGGGUUUUUCUGCGUUUUUAAAAUGAAACGAAAGGAAGAGAAGAUAAAAAAUAAAAAUAAAAAUAAAAAAAAAAUAAUAUAAAAAUAAAGAAGGAAGAAAUAUUUGCUUCCCGGUAUUAUUAUAAUAAUACGAUAAACGAUGAUCGAUUAUAUCUAUCGUCAUUUUUUUAUAAACAAAGACAGAUAUGAGAUUUGAGGCCUACGAUAAUGUUGUGAACUUUUAUCAAAGUUCUCUCGUUUGACUUCUGUCAAAGUAGUAGGACGAGCGCAUUCAAAUUCGUCAUACAUUCAUAUAUACAUGUAUAUAUACAUAUGUGAUAUAUACUUUCAUAUAUAUAUCAUAUAUAUAAUAUAUACACUCACACAUUAUAGGAAUUGUACCCUUACUUUAAUUCUCUUGACAUGGUGCUGCAAUAUGAAUUUAUUCUAUUAACGUCUAACGUUAUUUUCAGCUACUUUUAAUGCUGGGAAAUGAGGUUAAAGAAAAUAAUUAAGAAGAAGUAGUAGAAGAUGAUGAUUAUAACGAUGAUGAUAAUGAUGAUGAUAAUGAUGACGAUGGGGAUGAUGAUAAGGAAGAAGAAGAGGAAAGGUGGUAACAGGAGAAGAAGGCAGAAGAAGGAGAGGGAGAAGAUUAAAAAAAAAAAAAAAGAAGAGAAAACGUACCUGACUGCUUCGACUAAUCUCUCUUUCUAAUUUAAAAUAUGUUAUUCCAUUGUGCAGUCAUUCCACUUAUAUCUAUAGGUAUAGAUAUAUAAAUAUAAUAUACAGACAUAAAUACAUACAUUUACACAUAUACUAAUUAACGACGAUUAAUUAACAGUUUUUGCUUAUUCUUCAAAUUUGAACGAUAAUUUUAAUCUGUUCAAUCUAAGUUUAAUCAGGCGAAGUAAGUUGACGCGAUUUAACAACAAUAACUAAAAAAAAAGUAUUAUAAGAAUUAGAAAUUAGAUGCAUUUUAAAUGCCAACAUACCAAACGUAUAGGUGUAAUAAAUAAUAUUUCUACGAUGAUCGACUAGAAAUGAUUGAGAGAAUUUUUCAAGUAUUUUCCUUUGUUGUUUAGAAAUUUUCUUUUCUUUUUUUAAUUGCUUUUUUUUUAUUCAUAUAUAUAUAUAUAUUUUUAUUUUGUUUUAAUUGAACUAAUAAUUACACCGAAAAAUAUAGCUUACAAUUAAAAUAUACGAAUAGUCAUGUAGUCAAAUGAUAGACACUUUGAAAGUGUGUAUGCACUUUGAUUAUAUACCGCGUUAUUAUUAACAAUGAAACGUUAUUCAUAUAUUAUUAUAUAUAUAUAUAUAUGUAAGAUAUAUAUAUAUAUAUAUAUAUGUAAAAAUAUAUCAAGUCGUUGUAACUGUGGAAAAAAAUAACACGUUCCAAAUAUCUUUAUCGAAUGUUUGUGUAAAACCAUGCGCAAACUUAUAUAAUUGAACCGAUUAUUAUAAAAGUGGUGUUUAUUGUUGACAAACAAAACAUUGAGGAAACUUAAUUUUUAUUAAAUAUAAAUAAAAUAUCUAAAUUAUGAGUGUUUCUCAAUUUUUUUCAAAUGUCCUUACACUACUUUCAUAAUAAGAGGUAAAUUUUUUUUUUUUUUAAUAUAUAGUUUAUUUAGAGAGCGAUAGACAGAGAGUAUUAAUAAAAUGUACAUAUAAAGUCAAUUAAGAACGUAUUUUCUAGAUGCUACAUUUAAUUAUACCGUUUGUAUAAUUGCAUUCGCUUGAUAACAAAUAAAAAUGAUAUUAUUAUUAUUAUUAUUAUUAUUAUUAUUAUUAUUUGCAUAUAUAUUUUUGUUAUUUUUUUAUUUGCUUGUUUCUUGCUUCGUUUCUUUCGAGAGAGAAAAAAGAACCUUGUUUGCAGUUACAACGAUUUUUAUACAUUGACCUGAAGUAUUGCUAAAUUAAAAAAAAAUAUAAAAGACAAAAAAAAA